AUGAAGAGUAUAUCAUCGGCAACUGAAAAACCAAAAGAGGUGGUAGAUUUUUUACGCGGUGUCCAACCAAGCAAUCCUGCUCAAUCUGAAGUGGAGAUGGUGAAAUGUGAUUCUUGUGGAUUUACAGAGGACUGCACUCCAGAGUACAUAAUUCAAAUCCGCGAAAAAUAUGACGGAAGAUGGAUUUGUGGCUUGUGUGCGGAGGCUGUGAAAGAUCAGGUCUUGAGAUCAGAUGGAAAUAUGAGCACUGAAGAAGCUCUGGAAAGGCACAUGGCUUUCUGUCUUAACUUCCAAUCUUCAAGCCCCCCUUCAAGUACUUUAGAGCACCCGAUAUUCGCCAUGGGAAGAAUUCUCAGGAGAAGUUUGGAUUCUCCGAAAGGUCUUCAAUCGACUCCUAAUAGUCCGGUUCAAGGGGAUCGUCGUUCUUCGUUGCUUCGUUCCCAGAGUUGUUUCUCUUCUCUGUCUUCAUGA